AUGCCUGAGUCUAUCGCCAGCCGACUCUUCCGCGGUACUCGCGCCAUCCUCAAGUACCGUAAGGAGCGCGGUAUCCUGGUGAACAACAUCCGCGCCUACAUCUCCAUUUUGCGCCAGAUGCCCGAGGGCAACUAUCUUAUCGAAGUCGCCCUCAACGUCCAGUCCCUGAAGAUCCAGGCCGACAAGGUGAAGUGGGCUUCCCAGGCUCUUGCUAUCGACGCCGCCGACAUGGUCUUUGUCACUACCCAUGGUAUCGAGCACUUCGCCCACACUGUCCCCCAUCUCUGCGACGAGAUCGGUCGUGAGACUCGCCAGAUGGCUGAGACUCUCCAUGACCAUAUCCACAAGCCUGUUGUCAACACUGAGCACCAGGUCGCACUUGAGCUGGAGCAUGCACUUGCUAACAUGGGAUACGUCUAG